AUGGCUGAAGCCCAGCUGUUUGUAUCACAGGACGAGUUCACCUGCUCGGUGUGUCUGGACACCCUGACUGACCCCGUGUCACUGCAUUGUGGUCACAGUUUCUGUCUGAAGUGCUUAACAAACUACUGGGAUCAGAGCCAAGAGUACAGAUGUCCUCAGUGCAGACACACCUUCACCACAAGGCCUGAGCUGAAGAGAAACACUCUGCUGAAUGAAGUCGUCAAGAAAUUAAAGAAGACGGCACUCAGUCCUCCUCCAUCUCAGAAUUAUGCCGGCCCUGGAGACGUGGAGUGUGACUUCUGUACUGGGAAGAAGCUCAGAGCGGUGAAGUCCUGUCUAACCUGCAUGGCCUCCUACUGUCAGACUCACCUGCAGCCUCACUAUGUAGGAGCGGCCUGGAAGGGACACAACCUGGUUGAUCCUGACAGAAAUCUGAAGGAGAAACUCUGUGAGAAACAUCAGAAAAGUCUGGAGAUGUUUUGCAGAACUGAUAAGAUGUGUAUCUGUGUGAUGUGUGGAAUGACUGAACAUGAUGGUCAUGAAAAGGUUGAGCUGGAGACAGAAACAGAAAGAAAACAGAAACAGCUGGGGGCGACGCUGAGGGAAAUCAGGAGGAGACUUGAGAAGAAAGACAAAAAAAUGAAGGAGAUGAAAAAGACAAUAAAACAGACGAAGAUCUCUGUGGAAAGAGUGGUAGAGGAACAUAAGAAGAGCUUCACUGAUCUGAUACGGUGCAUUGAGGAAGUCCACAAGAAACUGACUGAGAGGAUUAGGGAACAAGAAAAAAGAGAAAUGGAGAAGGCUGUUGGAGUCAUGGAGCAACUGAAGAAGGAGAUUGAGGAGCUGAAGAGGAGAGAAGCUGAGCUGAAGGAGCUUUCAGAGACCAAGGACCAUCUCCACUUCCUGCAGACUUUCUCAUCUCGCUGUUUCCUACCUGAUGAUGAAGACUCACUCAACUUGACUGUCACCGCCGAUUUCUCUUCAGAGGACCUGCUAAAGGAGCUGUCAGGUCUGAAAAAGCGUCUGGAGAAGAUCAGCCAGUGGGACAACCUGCCAUUGACUCCAUCAGGUAUUGAAGCUCCAAUCUUCACCCUACAGCCUCCUGAACCUCAGAGCAGAGAGGAGUUUUUACAAUACUUUUGUCCCGUCACACUGGACGUCAAUACGGCACACAGACAACUCCGUCUGUCUGAAAGGAACAAGAAGGUGACAUGUGAGGAGACAAAAGCCAAAUAUCCUGAUCAUCCUGACAGAUUUGACUACUGGUUCCAACUUCUGUGCAGAGAGGCUCUGACUGGGACUCGCUGUUACUGGGAGGUGGAAGGCAGUGGAGUCUACAUGAGGAUUGGAGUCGCAUAUAAAGGACUGAGCAGGAAAGGACGGGACAAGGAGUACGGCCUUGGAAACAACGACAAGUCCUGGUGUUUGCAGUGCUCUGAAUCCCAGUACUCUGUGCGUCACAAUAACCAGAGGACUGUAAUCAGCGCCCCCUACAGCCCCAGAAUAGGUGUGUAUCUGGACUGGCCUGCUGGCAUUCUGUCAUUUUAUAGUGUCUCACACACUAUGACCCUCCUGCACAGGUUCAACACCUCCUUCACUGAGCCCCUCUAUCCAGGGUUUUGGCUUAGUCUUGACUCCAGUAUAACAAUCAGCCAUCUGACACCAUGUGACCACUGACCAGUACCCUCCACCGGUCACUUGAUAUCCCGACAAGCUCAGGUCCUCUUUUUGUUUGUAGUUUGGGAUUAAAAUUAAUUUUACAGGAUGGGUGGAUUGGGGGGUGCAGCACCUCUGUGAUUGAAUUUGUGGAUGAGAAUGUGGGGCGAGUGCGGCUGUCAGGGACUACAGUAUUAUUGGGUUUGAGUAGCCAAUCAGGUGUGUGUGUCAUAGCGAGGGGCGGUGACACCUCAGAACUGCAAAUACCAGUCUGACAAGCAGGGGUCUCUGUUGAUUCACAGCCACAUGUCCUUCACCCCAACAACUACUGAAGCCUCCAAGUGUCAUUGAAUGUCACCUGUUAAGUAGGACAGGCAUGUGGUCCUGUUGGAUCAGCACAACUGAAAGGCGCUAUACAGACUCAGUAUCGAGAGCUCUUGAAUACUGACUAUAUGUAGGAGCAGAGAGUGACAGAUGGGACUGGAGUGUUGUCCACUCACCAGACAUGUUGUGACCCCCCAUUGGUCACUCAAAGGGUCCUUCACUUCAGAAUUAACUCACUGUGAAUGUCUGAAGAGGAGGACUCAGCAGUCAGUCAGAUGUCGGCCAUACUUACAGAAUUUGGUGUUUUAGUUGAUGUCACAUUAAACUUUAAACUGCACUCCCUCCUUGUCCCCAGAUUUGUCACUCUUGGUACCCUGAAAUCUCCAGCAUCUUCACAAAAUGAAUUCUUGGUGAGUUGGCACACACUUGACAUGGGUGCACAUGUGUGGCUUUGCAGUGGACUGCCAUCCCAUCCACGGUUGGCCCAUCUUGUCCACAAACCUGAAAUUGAAAAGCGGAUAAGAAAGACAAAGAAUGGACAGAAGGGGUAACUGAUUGGUCAGUCGCCAAACUACUGCUUCUUGUGGCCACUCUAAAUUUAACACAGCAAUUUAUACAAAAUGGAAAUCUAAAAGAUAAAAGCAGAAAGCAUUCAGUGAAAUCCUGAGCAGUGAAACAUGAAAGGAGAGAAUGAGAAACAAUCAGAGAGUCCGACGAAUGGAGACUUUAACAGGAGGACUGAGGGGUGGGACUGAAGUGCAGUGGCGCCCUCUAGUGGACACCCGCCAUAUUACACACAUGGGAAAGGUCAGCAGUGAAGGGGGAGAAAAGAAUACAGUGCAGUGUAAAAGAAAUAAGAAUAAAGUAAAACACAGGAAUAAAACACCUGAAAUAAAGAACUUUAAAUAUUAUAUCUAAAUCUAAUUAAGAUUUAAAUGAAUUAAGAGCAAAAUAAGGGUGACACGAUCACACAGUCACAUGACCUUCAGAGCUGACAGCUAAGCUGAUUCUUCUGUAGCCGAACUGCCCCCUCUAGUGGCCACUCUCAGUAUUAAAUGAAUGGCAAGGCUGAGGGGGAGGAAAGAUUUGGGUUUGAUCAAAUGGAGAUUUAGUGGAGAUUUCUUAAUAUUGUCAUUAGCUUUAAGGACAGUGCAGCUUUGUUAGGUUAUGGAAGAUUGUAUAUGGGAAAAAAACAUUUAUUUAAGUUAAUAUAUUUAAUAAUGGUUAUGUUUUAACAAAAUACACAUCUAAUAAUUGAUUACAUUUUGUAAAAUAAACUCCCAAUGGUGUUUGGUGAAUAAACAAUAAUGAUUUGUCAAAUCUGCUCAUCUGUGACCUUCUGACUUGUCGACACCUCUGGUCACAUCUCCUGUGUUGUCUGAUCUGAAGAUAUAACACUCCGUAUUGAUGAUCCAUUUCUUAAUAGCGCUGAAAAAGUCAGAAUAUGCUUUUAAAUUCUCAAGACAAUGAGGUGAGUAACAUAUAAGAUGUUGAUUUAGAUUGAAUAUUUGAUUUGUAAGUCUGGAAUUGAAAUCAAUCAUUUAGACCUGAGCAGUGCUCUCCAUUCCACAUCUGAGUGUCUGCGCUCUGUUAUGUGCCCCUCUGUGUCUGCUGUGCCCUCGUAUGCCCACCUGAGCCUGACCUCACCCACACUACUGAGAUGUUCAGUUACUGAUGAAGAUGGACAUUAAAAGGUGAAUUUGACACUCAUGGACACCACAAGAAGCUGAAGUGCAUUGAGGACUGAAGUCAGCUGUGAUGUUUCAUUUUGGGUUUCUUUUCUGCCUUAAAUGAGUUUGCAUUUUCUUUAGACAUUUUGUUAUAUUUUAUGAAUUGUUUCAUAAAAGGUAUUGAUUUUGUUGUUGUAUGUAUGGUGUGUUGAUGAGCAUUUUGUUUCUAAGUCUCAUGUUUAUCUAUUUGGUUACUUUUGUUGUCUCUAUUUUUUUUUGUGUGUGUGUGUCUCUUUUGUGUUUCAUGUGUAGCCCAGGGAGGCGGGCCACUUGACACUGUAACUGAAGCUCCCCCCAGGGGUAUUUAAGAAGAAGCUGCAGAUGAAAGAGUCACUCCAACAC